CAUGUCCCGCCCGGGAACCGCUACCCCGGCACUGGCCCUGGUGCUCCUGGCAGUGACCGUGGCCGGGGUUGGAGCCCAGGGCGCAGCCCUCGAGGACCCUGAUUAUUACGGGCAGGAGAUCUGGAGCCAGGAGCCCUACUACACGCGCCCAGAGCCCGAGCCCGAGACCUUCUCUCCGCCACUGCCUGCGGGGCCCGGGGAGGAGUGGGAGCCGCGCCCGCACGAGCCCAGGGCGCCCAAGAGGGCCACUAAGCCCAAGAAAGCUCCCAAGAGGGAGAAGUCGGCUCCGGAGCCGCCUCCACCAGGUAAAAACAGCAACAAAAAAGUUAUGAGAACCAAGAGCUCUGAGAAGGCUGCCAAUGAUGAUCACAGUGUCCGCGUGGCCCAUGAAGAUGUCAGAGAGAGUUGCCCACCUCUUGGUCUGGAAACCUUAAAAAUCACAGACUUCCAGCUCCAUGCCUCCACGGUGAAGCGCUAUGGCCUGGGCGCACAUCGAGGGAGACUCAACAUCCAGGCGGGCAUUAAUGAAAAUGAUUUUUAUGACGGAGCAUGGUGCGCAGGAAGAAAUGACCUCCAGCAGUGGAUUGAAGUGGACGCCCGGCGCCUGACCAGAUUCACUGGGGUCAUCACUCAAGGGAGGAACUCCCUCUGGCUGAGUGACUGGGUGACAUCGUAUAAGGUCAUGGUGAGCAAUGACAGCCACACGUGGGUCACUGUUAAGAAUGGAUCUGGAGACAUGAUAUUUGAAGGAAACAGUGAGAAGGAGAUCCCUGUUCUCAACGAGCUGCCCGUCCCCAUGGUGGCCCGCUACAUCCGCAUAAACCCACGGUCUUGGUUUGAUAAUGGGAGCAUCUGCAUGAGAAUGGAGAUCCUGGGCUGCCCUCUGCCAGAUCCUAAUAACUAUUAUCACCGCCGGAACGAGAUGACCACUACUGAUGACUUGGAUUUUAAACACCACAACUAUAAGGAAAUGCGCCAGUUGAUGAAAGUUGUGAAUGAAAUGUGUCCCAAUAUCACCAGAAUUUACAACAUUGGAAAAAGCCACCAGGGCCUGAAGCUGUAUGCUGUGGAGAUCUCCGAUCACCCUGGGGAGCACGAAGUCGGUGAGCCCGAGUUCCACUACAUCGCGGGGGCCCACGGCAAUGAGGUGCUAGGCCGGGAGCUGCUGCUGCUGCUGGUGCAGUUCCUGUGCCAGGAGUACUUGGCCCGGAAUGCGCGCAUCGUCCACCUGGUGGAGGAGACGCGGAUUCACAUCCUCCCCUCCCUCAACCCCGAUGGCUACGAGAAGGCCUACGAAGGGGGCUCGGAGCUGGGAGGCUGGUCCCUGGGACGCUGGACCCACGAUGGAAUUGACAUCAACAACAACUUUCCUGAUUUAAACACGCUGCUCUGGGAGGCAGAGGAUCAACAGAACGGCCCUAGGAAAGUUCCCAAUCACUAUAUUGCAAUCCCUGAGUGGUUUCUGUCGGAAAAUGCCACGGUGGCCGCCGAGACCAGAGCAGUCAUAGCCUGGAUGGAAAAAAUCCCUUUUGUGCUGGGCGGCAACCUGCAGGGCGGCGAGCUGGUGGUGGCCUACCCCUACGAUCUGGUGCGGUCCCCCUGGAAGACGCAGGAACACACCCCGACCCCCGACGACCACGUGUUCCGCUGGCUGGCCUACUCCUAUGCCUCCACGCACCGCCUCAUGACGGACGCCCGGAGGAGGGUGUGCCACACGGAGGAGUUCCAGAAGGAGGAGGGCACUGUCAAUGGGGCCUCCUGGCACACUGUUGCUGGAAGUCUGAACGAUUUCAGCUACCUUCAUACAAACUGCUUCGAACUGUCCAUCUACGUCGGCUGUGAUAAAUACCCACAUGAGAGUCAACUGCCCGAAGAGUGGGAGAAUAACCGGGAAUCUCUGAUCGUGUUCAUGGAGCAGGUUCAUCGUGGCAUUAAAGGCUUGGUGAGAGAUUCACAUGGAAAAGGAAUCCCAAAUGCCAUUAUCUCCGUAGAAGGCGUUAACCAUGACAUCCGAACAGCCAACGAUGGGGAUUACUGGCGCCUCCUGAACCCUGGAGAGUAUGCGGUCACAGCAAAGGCCGAAGGCUUCACUGCAUCCACCAAGAACUGUAUGGUUGGCUAUGACAUGGGGGCCACACGGUGUGACUUCACACUUAGCAAAACCAACAUGGCCAGGAUCCGAGAGAUCAUGGAGAAGUUUGGGAAGCAGCCCGUCAGCCUGCCAGCCAGGCGGCUGAAGCUGCGGGGGCGGAAGAGACGACAGCGUGGGUGACCCUCCUGGGCCCUGGAGACCCGUCUGGGACCCACGCAAAUUAAACCAACUUGGUAGUAGCUCCAUAGUGGACUCGCUCACUGUUGUUCCCUCUGUAAUUCAAGAAGUGCCUGGAAGAGAGUGUGCAUUGUGAGGCAGGUCCCAAAAGGGAAGGCUGGAGGCUGAGGCUGUUUUCUUUUCUUUGUUCCCAUUUAUCCAAAUAACUUGGACAGAGCAGCAAAGAAAAGCUGAUGGGAGUGAGAGAACUCAGCAAGCCAACCUGGGAGUCAGAGAAAGAGAAAGAGGGGAGCCUGUCCGUUCAGAGCCUCCUGGCUGCCUGGAAAAGGAUUCUGGUAUUUCCCCUGUUUGCGUGACAGCAAAGGUUCCACAUGCAUUUGCAAUUUGCGCAGCUAAAAUUGCAGCAUUUCCCCAUCUGGGCUGUCCCAAAUGUUACCAUUUGAGAUGCUCCCAGGCAUCCUUCGAGAAUCCACCCUCUCUGGCCCUGGGACAUUGCAAGCUGCUACAGAUAAAUUCUGUGUUCUGUUGACAAUAGUGUCAUUGCCAAGUGCACAUCAGUGAGCCUCUUGAAUCCAUUUAGUCUCCUUUUUCAACAAAGAAGUGUGUUCAGAAAAGGAGAGAGAGGCUGAGAUCACUCAGGAGUUUUGUUGGGCGGUAAGCAUGGAGCUUCUUGCACAAAUUCUGGGUCCAUAAAGAACCCCCAAACUCCCUGCAGAUCCAGUAGCACUGGAGUCUCCCCAAGUAGGGAAAACCAGAGGUGCCAGCCUUCCUGAGGGGCCAGAUAAUUUAGCCUGGAUCUCCUCUUUUACCUGCUAGGACUGGAAAGAGCCAGAAGGGGGGUGGCCUGAAGCCCUCUCUCUGCUUGGGGUAUUGCCCUGUGUGGAACUGCGUGCUCAUGGGCUGGCUUCAUGUCAGUCUGGGAGUUAUUUUUGAUAUGUGGAAUGCCAGAUCUUCCAAAUUAGGCUAAAUGUAAUGAAAACCUCUUAGGAUUAUCUGUGGAGCAUCAGUUUGGGAAGAAUUAUUGAAUUAUCUUGCAAGGAAAAAGUGUGUCUCCGUUUUUGUUAAUGUUGCUGCCUCAUUGACCUGGGAAAAAUGAAAAAAAAUAAUAAUAAUAAAGAAAGCAAAUGGUAAGACCCUU